UGGGCGAGAGCUUCCCGCCGCCGUCUCCCGCUCAGGCCCCGCCCGCCCUGCGGUCAGGGCCAGGAUGGAUGCAGGAGGCAGAGAUGCGAACCCGCUGGCCGGGUACCGCAUCGGCAAAACCCUGGGGAUCGGCUCCUUCGGGAAGGUCAAGAUCGCCGAGCACAUUAUCACGGGACACAAGGUGGCUAUCAAGAUCCUCAACCGCCGCAAGAUCAAGAGCAUGGAGAUGGAAGAGAAAGUUAAAAGAGAAAUCAAGAUACUAAGGUUAUUUAUGCAUCCUCACAUCAUACGGCUUUAUGAGGUGAUAGAUACGCCGGCUGAUAUUUAUGUGGUUAUGGAGUACGUUAAAUCUGGAGAGUUGUUCGAUUACAUUGUUGAGAAGGGGAGGUUGCAAGAGGAAGAAGCUCGUCGCUUUUUCCAGCAAAUUAUAUCUGGUGUGGAAUAUUGCCAUAGAAACAUGGUGGUUCACCGUGAUUUGAAGCCAGAGAAUCUUCUGUUGGAUUCAAAAUGUAAUGUUAAGAUUGCAGAUUUUGGCUUGAGUAAUGUUAUGCGUGAUGGCCAUUUUCUGAAGACUAGUUGUGGUAGCCCAAAUUAUGCAGCACCCGAGGUGAUAUCUGGUAAACUGUACGCUGGCCCUGAAGUUGAUGUUUGGAGCUGUGGUGUUAUUCUCUAUGCACUUCUUUGCGGCACUCUUCCAUUUGAUGAUGAGAAUAUACCAAACCUUUUUAAGAAAAUAAAGGGUGGGAUAUAUACCCUUCCUAGCCACUUGUCUCCUUUAGCAAGAGAUUUGAUCCCCAGGAUGCUGGUAGUUGAUCCUAUGAAGAGAAUCACCAUACGUGAAAUCCGUGAACACUCAUGGUUCAAAGCUAGACUUCCUCGCUAUUUGGCUGUGCCUCCCCCAGACACUGCACAACAAGUUAAAAAGCUGGACGAUGAAACUCUGAAUGAUGUUAUCAAAAUGGGAUUUGAUAAGAAUCAGCUAACUGAAUCUCUUCAAAAGAGAUUGCAAAAUGAGGCGACCGUUGCAUAUUAUUUACUCUUGGACAAUAAGCUUCGUACAACCAGUGGCUACCUUGGUGCUGAGUAUCAAGAAUCGAUGGACUCAUCGUUCUCUCAAGUUUCACCUGAAACACCAAGUUCUGCAUCUGAAGCUCGGCAGUUUGGCUCUCCAGCGUUUGGCUUGAGGCAACAUUUUGCAGCUGAGAGGAAAUGGGCUCUUGGUCUUCAGUCUCGAGCACAUCCGCGAGAAAUUAUAACUGAAGUGCUCAAAGCUCUGCAAGAGCUAAAUGUUUGCUGGAAGAAGAUUGGGCACUAUAACAUGAAGUGUAGGUGGAAUCCUGGCUUUGUUGAGAGUAUGAUGCAUAAUAACCAUGGCUUUGGGUCAGAGUCUGCUAUAAUUGAAACUGAUGACCUCAGUGAAAGAUCAGCCCACAUCGUGAAGUUUGAAAUUCAGCUAUACAAAACAAGGGAUGAGAAGUAUCUUCUGGACUUGCAAAGGGUCAGUGGGCCACAGCUUCUCUUUCUGGACUUGUGUUCUGCCUUUUUAACUCAGCUGAGAGUCCUUUGAAUUCUGAAGAUGGUGACUUCCCAACUGCAAUCCCUGCAGCAUCUUGUCAAGUGCGAAGUUACAGUCAAGAUGUACAUAAUGAUCAUAAUCCUCCAGUAGAUUCUACUCCUGGGGUAUUUAGACGCUAGAGGACCACGUGAUUUCAUUUUGAUGGUUACACCUUAUUUACUGAGCUAGAGGUGGUGGGCAAGAGGCAUUCUUGCUCUGCUCGCCACUACUGGUGCUUUAUGACUUAUGUAGCCCUAUCUUUGUUUGGUAACGAACUUCACUAGCAUAAUGCCAGCCUGAGAAUAACCUCUAUUGCUAUAAUGAAAGUUGAGCUGUUGACAUGCA